GAGUGUGCGUUCAUUGUUACGACGGUAUGCUGGUUUGCAUGCAGGGCACUUGUCUUAACGAUCUCAACUAUACGAAAAACUUCAAAUACAAUCGUCAUUAUCAUUAUUGUUAUAAAAAAAUUGAAGUAACUCAUCUUAAAGGAACAUAUAUGUCGGAAAAGAGGAACACCGAACGAUGGACCAAAGCAAUGAGGGAAAUUCCUUCGUUGACCGAAAACCACGACAAGUACCGUGAGGUAUUUUUAAGAGUCUCUCCGAGUUUUCUCCAGAAGGGAAAUGUGUAUGGUACCAUCACCGAAUAUUUUGACUCCCACGUCAUGGGAACGUUCCAGAACGCCACCGAUCACGACUCUCAUCGGAAAAGGAUGUUCAAUGUGUUGGCUGUCGGUUUAGGAGAAGGUAAGAAUGAAUUUCACAUGCUGCAGAAGCUUUCUUCUCAUUUCGAUUCCAUCCGGGUAACAGCGGUGGAACCUAACAAAGGAAUGCUCCUAACGUUCGUCGAGAAGCUCAAAGAUUGUGACGUCACUAAAGCGAUUGAAUGCCGUCCGUUCCAGGGGACCUAUGACGAGUUUCUCCAAAGCACAUUGGCUGAUUGCAAGUUUGAUUUCAUCACUGCCAUUCACAGUCUGUAUUACACAGGAGAUAUUAAAUGUGUAAUUGAAAGCAUGCUCCUCUGUCUACACAAUACGGGCAUCAUAUACGCUGACGUUAUGUCCGAUGAGAAUGUCCUAGCUGAAGAAUGCAUGACGAAACCGUGGCUAUUCGAGAGAUCUGUCUGGACUCCAUGCAACGACAUCGGCUGAAAUAGCAGAGAUAAAUGGAUGCAACGUGAUCACACAACGAGCCCCUAUCAGAUACGACUGCUCGUUGCUUUUUGAUGAGAACUCGGUGGCUGGCAACCAGAUCCUCGAUUUCAUGACGAUGACACCCUACUUCAGGCGGGAAGCACCACGGGAUAUCGUGGAAGAUGUCUUGAAAUUCUGGCGUUAUAACGUUACCGAUGAAAAUGGCGUCUUGACUGCAUGUGGAGAUGAUAGUCUGAUUGUUAUUUCAAAAGCCUCGAGGCCCACUUAAACCUCAUCAGCACAAAAUCGAAGCUCAUUCAAGACUAUCAAUGAUGCAAAGUGUAAAUAUAUUACGAUUUACGAAAAUAAUUAUAAAAAGAAAGGGAAUAUGUGUAGUUAUCAUGGGCAGAAAUCCCAGGGGACAGAGGGGACGCGUC